GCCACCUCCCAUGCUCGCUAGAUGUUUCCGAGCUAGCGACCGUGGAAAGGCUCAGGAUCUUUCCACCCACCCCAUCGCAUUCGUUGGCUCCCCUCGCGAGCUCCUUCCUGGCGAGCUUCCAACCGGUGGCGGCGACUCCGGUAAGCUCCUCUCUCGCUCCCACCCGUCCCCUCCCUCCUCUCCCUCCCACCCGUCCCCUCGUGACCUCCUCCCUGGCGAGUUCCAACCGGUCGCGGCGACCAUGGUUCUAGGGGAAUUUAGGAGCUCAAAUUUCUGUGGUGUGAAGAAAAAAGACAGCACCCUGGCCCGCACAUGGGUCGGAGGAGAAGGGCGCAAGGAGGGCGUGGCUGGUUUCCUACACGCACGUCGUCGAAUAGAUCAUCUGGAGUGCGAAGCGUGUUACUUAGAAGCCAUACAAAAGUUAACCUGGUCUAAAUCCUCGCCGACGGUCGUCCUCCAAGUCCUUGUUCCCAUGUCCAGCAUCCUCAGUGUCCGUGAGCCCCAGAAAGUGAAGUUGUAG